CUCCAUAUUGGAUCUGCCUUUGCUUAGAAAUACAUUGCACUGGGCUGGAGGUCUGUCUGCGCAUAUUGUCUAACGCUACGGCCCGGCAGCCGGCUCUGCUCCCCGGGGCUCAGGUAUGAGGGAUGUAGCCGACUAAACCGCGCUGUCACGAACAAAUGUUCCUCGCAGCUUUGUUCCACGCACCGGCGUCAUUCCCGUAGUUUUUUUUAACGGGGCUGAGAAAUUAGGUUAGAGGCGCACCUGAACAACGGAGCGAAAAGUGGCAUGCAGGCUGAGGAAGAAAUAAUUGGAUUGAGAUAACGCCGCACAGGCAUGAUGUUCACACUCACCGAGGUUGCGUCCCUGAAUGACAUCCAGCCGACGUACCGCAUCCUAAAGCCAUGGUGGGACGUCUUCAUGGACUACCUGGGGCUGGUCAUGCUCAUGCUGGCCAUAUUCGCCAUGACCAUGCAGAUCACCAAGGACCAGGUGGCUUGUCUUCCGUGUCUGGAGGAGCCGGAGGCGGUCUCUGGAGCCAAGCCCACCUCCUUCACCCAGCAGCAGAGCACGCAGAAAGCAGCCUCGUCAGCAGCCACCGGAGCUCCCGUGGCAACCACCAUCCCUCUGGUCACCAAGGACUUACCGGACGAAGUUGUCCGCGAGAUCCACGUCACGCACCAACACACUGCUGUGGUGUCAGAACAAUAUGUCAAUCAACCUCAACCGACGGGCGUCCGGACCAACCUAGACUAUCAACAGUAUAUCUUCAUCAACCAAAUAUGUUACCAUGUUGCCUUGCCCUGGUAUUCCAAGUACUUUCCUUACCUCACCCUCAUCCACACCAUUGUUCUCAUGGUCAGUAGCAACUUCUGGUUCAAGUACCCCAAAACCAGCUCAAAGAUUGAGCAUUUUGUGUCAAUUCUAGGCAGAUGUUUCGAGUCUCCCUGGACUACCAAGGCUUUGUCUGAAACUGCUUGCGAGGACUCUGAGGAGAACAAACAGAGGUUGACCGGCACCUCCGCAGCACCAAACCAGGUGUCUUUAGAGGGGAAGGAAGAUGGCACAAACGUCAACUCCUCCACGCCCAUGCUCGGAGUGAAGUUCUCUGCAGACAAGCCGAUCGCAGAAGUCCCAAGCAGUAUGACAAUCCUGGACAAAAAGGACGGAGAGCAGGCCAAAGCCCUGUUCGAGAAAGUGAGGAAAUUCCGAGCUCACGUGGAGGACAGUGAUUUCAUCUAUAAGCUUUAUGUAGCGCAGACUGUUGUCAAAACUGUUAAAUUUAUUUUGAUUUUAUCCUACACUUCGACCUUCUUGGCUAAAAUAAACUUUAAGCACGAUUGUGAGCCUGAUAUUAAACAGCUGACAGGAUACAAGACUUUCUUCUGUACGCACAACAUGGCUUUCAUGCUGAACAAGCUGCUCAUUAGCUACAUGGCUUUGAUUUUGAUCUACGGGAUGGCUUGCUUGUACUCUCUCUUCUGGGUGUUUCGGAGGCCUCUGAAAGAGUACUCAUUCGAGAAAGUCCGCGAAGAGAGCAGCUUCAGUGACAUUCCUGACGUCAAAAAUGACUUUGCAUUCCUCUUACACAUGGUUGACCAGUAUGACCAACUCUACUCCAAACGCUUUGGUGUCUUCUUGUCCGAGGUCAGUGAAAACAAGCUUAGGGAGAUCAGCCUCAAUCACGAGUGGACCUUUGAAAAACUGAGGCAGCUUGUGACCCGUAACGCACUGGACCAGCAGGAGCUGCACCUUUUCAUGCUCUCCGGUCUGCCGAACGCAGUCUUUGACCUCACAGACUUGGAAGUGCUGAAGCUGGAGCUGAUUCCUGAGGUGAGGUUUUCUGCAAAGGUCUCCCAAAUGACCAGCCUGCAGGAGCUGCAUCUCUGCCACUGCCCGGCCAAAGUGGAGCAGACGGGGUUCGCUUUCCUCCGUGACCAUCUUCGCUGCCUUCACAUCAAGUUCACGGACGUUGCCGAGAUCCCAUCGUGGGUGUAUUUGCUGAGGAGUUUGAGGGAGCUUAACCUAAUCGGAAACCUGAGCUCAGAAAAUAACAAAAUGAUCGGCCUGGAGUCCAUGAGAGAUUUGAGGCAUUUAAAGACCUUGUGCCUGAAGAGCAACCUCACAAAAAUGCCCACAAACAUCACAGAGCUCUCACCACAUCUGAUUAAGCUAGUGGUGCACAAUGACGGUACGAAACUGAUGGUACUGAACAGUCUGAAAAAAAUGGCAAGUCUGAUUGAACUGGAGCUGCACACCUGCGAACUGGAGAGGAUUCCCCACGCUAUUUUCAGCUUGAUCAACUUACAGGAGCUCGACCUGAAAUCUAACAACAUCCGAACCAUAGAGGAGAUCAUCAGCUUCCAGCACCUCAAGAGGCUGACGUGCCUCAAACUGUGGCACAACAAAAUUAUCACCAUCCCAUCCUCCAUCGGCCAGAUCAAGUCUCUGGAGGCUCUCCACCUGUCUCACAAUAAACUGGAGUCCCUGCCCCCGGCCUUGUUCACGCUACCCAAACUGCGGCACUUGGACGUGGGCCACAACUCCAUCAUGGUGCUGCCUCCGGAUGUGGGUCUCCUCCACAGUCUCCAGCACUUAGCCAUCAACUCCAACAAGCUUGAGGCGCUGCCCAAGCCUCUGUUCAGAUGCACCAAGCUCAAGGUGCUGUGUCUGGGGAACAAUGCGCUCACCGUGCUGCCAGAGACCGUGGGUCAACUGGUGCAGCUCACUCAGCUCGAGCUGAGGGGAAACUGUCUGGACAGACUGCCCGCCCAGCUAGGAAACUGCCGCCUGCUGCGCAAAAGCGGCUUGGUUGUGGAGGACCAUCUCUUUGAUGCACUGCCCGUGGAAGUGAAGGAGAACAUCAGCCGAGAGACCAACGCGUCCUUCACAGGCGGCUUAUAGCACAAAAACCACGACUCACGGUUCAUGACGAGCCUGCAUAAUGGAUGUAAGAGUAGACUUAUUGUAACAUCCACAAAAAUGAAUGCAUUUUCUUGAUUAUUUUAAUGAGUUGUCUUAGUUGCGUACGUAUUCAAAAUGGUACAGAUUGCUUUUUAUGUUGCUCAACUUUUUUGGCAUUUAGCUUUUUCAUAGCUUUGAGAAAUAAAACAUUAGACAUUUAGCUUCUCUAUGUAACACUCUGUAGACCAAAACUGUUUGCUCCAAUGACACAGUAUGUAGAUGUAUUGUUUUAGGUACUCAGGUAUAAUUGUAACCAUGGGGAACAAUCUUUUUGCCUUAACUGCUGCUAUUUUUUUACAGUGAGGGCUUUUACAAACAAAAGGCCAAAAAUGAAUAUUUCAUGUUUUCUCGUCAGUUUUUCAUACAGACACUACCCACAGAGCAAUUUCUAUAUAUGUUAUGGAAGAGGACACAAUGCAGCCCUUUUUUUUCCUUUUUAAAUAGUUUUGUUGAAAUAAUGUAACCUUUUUAUUUUCGUCAAUGUCUUGUAGUGAACAGAAUUAGUUUAGAGUUGUAAAGCUCAGGUGGAGACUAAGCACCAGAAAUGAACCUUUACUGUUGUAGAGAUUGUAUACUAAGGCCUAAAGUAACUCAUUUGCACACUGAAAACCUAAUGAUUUAAAGAUCGUUGAAUGUCCUUUGUGAUAACAUGUCCCGAGACCAACGUGAGCUGAUAAAAGGGAACUCUGUUGACUAUCUUUUUAAUCAUGCUUUGAAAUCUGAAAUGUGUAAUAAAACUGGUCACAUGUAGGACAGAUUAUUUAACAUGUCAGAAUCGUGUAAUGACGACAAACGUGUCUGCCUUCUUAAUGUAUUUCUGUGUAGGCCUAUAUAUAUAUACAGUAUGUGUUCUUCAGAGCUGCUGUACCACCUUUGUGAUCCUAUGCUCAAAGUUCACAAUUUUAUGGCCCAAUAAAACCAGAUUUUAGAUGAA